GCAUUUCUAGUAGGUUUUAACUGGGCGGCGCUACAGAGCGAGGAAGAGAUGUGAGUAAAGCAGUCAGUAGGAAGCGCAAAUAACCAAAAGAGACGAAGCAACGAGACCCGCCAGAAAACCUGAGCAGAUUUUACUAACGACCGCCGCUCCUGACCAAACAAAGGGCGGCGUCUGCAGAAGGAGGAUACUGGAGUUCACCCGAGGUUUAACUUCAUCCGCAUCUUUGCACUGUAUCAGAGGAAAGCAUCCACCCCCGCCCCGCUGACCCAGAAAGUAAACAGUUGUCUGGCAGAUGGAGAAGCAGGCCGGAGCGGCGGACGGAGCAGGGCCGAACAGAAACCCCUGGGGCUCCCCGACCAGCGGACCAGGCGCCGGUGAUGCCCUGGACAGUCCAACAGGUUCUCACGUAGAGUGGUGUAAACAGCUGAUAGCAGCCACUAUCUCCAGUCAGAUCUCAGGAUCAGUCCAACCAGACUUUGUGAACAGAGACAACAAGGCUGGGAGAAGACCAGAUUUCAUGGUGUCCAAGAGGCUGAAUCCCAGGGAUUCACAGGAUGAAGGGCUUUGUCACCAUGGAGAAAGUGAUUCUGAGCAUCCUUCCAAUGCUUUGAACCUUUCGGCUCUGAGAUACGGAGCACAGGCCAAAAUGUUCCAGAACCAAGUUCCUCUGCUGCCGGGGGAGACCAUCAACACCACAGUGAAAGAUGUGAUGUAUAUCUGUCCAUUCAGUGGUCUGGUUAAUGGGACCUUGACCAUCACAGACUACAAGCUGUAUUUCACCAGCGUGGAAAAGGAGUCUCACUUCGUUCUCGAUGUGAACCUGGGAGUCAUCAGCAGACUGGAGACCAUCAGUGUUCCCAACCAGGGAGAGAACACCAAAGGACUGGAGCUGGUCUGCAAGGACAUGAGGAGUCCCAGGUUUGCCUAUAAAACAGAGGAGAGCCAGCCAGAUAUAGUGGAGGUCUUGACUAAACAUGCCUUCCCUCUUUCACACAGCCUGCCGCUGUUUGCCUUCCUGUACAAGGAGCAGUUUCCUGUGGAUGGCUGGAAGGUGUAUGAUGCAGCAGCGGAGUACAGACGUCAGGGCCUACCUAAUGAGAGCUGGACCAUCAGUAAGAUCAACAGCACCUACGAACUAUGUGACACCUAUCCCUCCAUCCUGGUCAUCCCCACCAACAUCACAGACGAUGACAUCAAGCGAGUGGCGUUGUUUAGAGCCAAGCAUCGCAUACCGGUCUUGUCCUGGAUCCAUCCAGAGUCUCAAGCCACCAUUGUGCGCUGCAGCCAGCCAUUAGUCGGACCUUCAGACCGUCGCUGUAAAGAAGACGAACGUUUCCUCCAAAUCAUCAUGGAUGCCAAUGCUCAGUCCCACAAGCUCACCAUAUUUGAUGCCAGGCAGAGCAGUGUAGCCAUUACCAACAAGGCGAAGGAUGGAGGGUAUGAAAGUGAAAGUUUCUACUCCAACGUAGAACUGAACUUCCUGGAAAUCCCGAACAUCCACGUAAUGAGGGAGUCUCUAAGGAAGAUGAAGGACGUAGUUUAUCCAACCAUAGAUGAAGCCCAUUGGCACUCUGUGAUUGACCAGACACACUGGUUGGAGUAUAUACGGCUGUUAUUAGCAGGAGCAGCAAAGAUAGCAGACAAGCUGGAGUCUGGGAAGACGUCGGUGGUGGUUCAUUGCAGCGAUGGCUGGGACAGAACUGCCCAGCUCACUUCUUUGGCUAUGCUAAUGCUGGACAGCUACUACCGCACACUCAGAGGCUUCCAGGUUCUGGUGGAGAAGGAGUGGAUUAGCUUCGGACACAAGUUUUCUGCUCGGGUGGGUCACGGUGAUGAGAAUCAUGCAAACUCGGAGCGCUCACCUCUCUUCAUCCAGUUCAUUGACUGCGUCUGGCAGAUGAGUCGACAGUUCCCAGCAGCCUUUGAGUUCAAUGAGCUGUUCCUGAUCACAGUGCUGGACCACCUCUACAGCUGUCUAUUUGGUACAUUCCUCUACAACAGUGAACAGGAGAGGAUGGCCAAGGAGGUUCAGGCUAAGACUGUGUCCCUGUGGUCCUACAUUAACAGCCAACCAGAGGACUUCACCAACCCCUUCUAUGUGGAUUAUGAGAACCAUGUUUUGUAUCCACUGGUUUCCUCCAGACACCUGGAGCUGUGGACCAGCUACUACGCCCGCUGGAACCCACGCAUGAGACCACAGGUGCCAGUGCAUCAGACACUGAAGGAAAUGCUGAUCUUACGAGCGGAGCUCCAGAGGAGGGUGGAGGAGCUGCAGAGAGAAGCUUCUUCCCACUCCCUGUCCUCAUCCUCUGAACACUCCUCCUCCCCCACACACACCACAGGAACCCCACUGCACACUGCCGUGUGAAGCACCACCACACUUCACCGUCUGCCACACAAACACACACUUAUAUGCAGGUUUUAACCCAAUUACAGCGAAUGCUGAAGAUAACAAUGUUUACAACCUGAGGGAUUCAUAAAUUAUAACAGUUCUAGAUUUAUACGAAAAUAUUUAGCAAAAUAAAGUGAUCUCAAAGUGUUCACAAAGUAAAAAAAAUAUUUAUGAAAAUAUUAAAAGCUAAAGGUGCAUUUGGAGAGUGCAGAUUUCUACCAAGGCCAAUCUUCCACUUUUAUAUGAAAUGUGAUUUCUGCAACAAAUUUAAUGGUUCGACCAUGCUUCACCUCUUUAAGUUUCAGGAAAAUCAGCUUGGUAAUGAAAACAUUUCCUCCUUGGCGGAUUUUGCUAGACCUAACUGAACCUUCCUGUCAUAAUUAUUUCCACUGAUUUCCUCAGUUCAGAACAACCUGCUCCGUCUGUACUUUGAGGAAUUCAGUUUGUGUGUUCAUAAUUACAUUUAGACUUGAUCCUCGGUUCAAGUGAUUUUAUUUUUGUAUAAGGAGCUAUUACAUGUUUCAGGGAUCUGACUAUAGACAGCUGACAGGCAUGUGAUGCAAACAACUUUGCUUUUUAAAUAAAAUAACUGCAUGCCCCCGACACUUUGCUUUGUCAGUGUUUCAGCAAGAAUCUUAAUUAUCAGCAAUGCCAUUGUUCUCUCCCGAGUUUGAACUGAGCUCUUUUAUGAACUCUUUUUUUUCAUUAAUGGCAGCUGUAAUAUUUUUAAAGUGGAAGAAUAAUUUUUAGAAAUAGAAAUCACAAAAAUAAUCACAAUGGUUGCAUGAAUCCCAGUCAAACAUUUACUUCAUGACCCCUGUAGAUCCCAUCCCUUAUAUAAACACAUUGUGAUCCUUCACCUACCUCCCAUGUGCAGACACUGCCACAGCAGAGACCAAAACAGAUCGACAACUGACAGUUACUGCCCCUUGUGUAUUACAUUCCAGUUGGAAGCUCAUCAUUUAUUUUUCUGUUAAUUGGGUGGAUGGAUACGUGCUUUGAAAACGGGAUGAAAGUUUGGAUUUUUUAUCAAGUCUUGAAGGUUAAACCUGCAAAAGUGCUCCUUAAUAUUCACUGGAUUGCGACCAGAAAAAUGUUCAGUGUUAUCUUUUGGUGACUAUUUGUUAAAUAGGAAUGGCAAAUAGAACAACAGUCAAUCCGCAUUGAAAACCUUGUUAGUUACCCAGCUAAUGUGUCAAACUGAACUCAGUUUUCUAAAUGUUUGUCAUACAGUCGAUAUAAUGGUAAGUUUAAUGUGUUCUGAGAGGUUUCAUUGCAGACUUGGAUUUUGUUUCAGGAGGUUCAUUAAAUUUUAAAUCCUGUACAACUGCAGUUGAAAAACACUGUGUGCUACAAUAGUGUCAUUCAAAAUGCACUCAUUGAAGUAGUGUUUAAAUGAGCACACACCAGGUUUAACCCUCUCACCGUUCUGCCCUCUUUUAUUACUAUUUUUUGCCUUGAUGAUGUAUUUGUACAGUGUAAUAGCAGCCCUUUUAGUCAAAUGCAGUGCCACCUAGAAAGUCCAGUACCUACAUGUGGAAGCUUACGUGAAUGUUGGUUUUUUUUUAUGUGAACAUCACGUUUGUCUACUUAUGUGAAGCUAAACACAAAACCUCCUAAUGAGCCAUAUUCACUUCUGACAUUCCAUUUAAAAAAUAAAACAGGAACAAUUCAGAA